AUGGAAAAGAGCGGCAAGAUCAAGGGAGGAUCGUUCAAGACUAUGGGCCUGGACUACAGGCUGCUCCGAAACAUCCUCUAUGAGGGCCCAACGCCAAUCCAAAGAAAAACCAUUCCCCUGAUUCUGGAGAGGAGGAGUUUGAUGGGUGUCGGAAGGACAGGAAGUGGGAAGACACUAUGCUACCUCAUUCCUGCCAUACAGCGAGCUAUCUCGGGGGAAAAAACACUGGUCAUUGUCCCCACCAAGGAGCUGGUGAUCCAGGCUCGGAGAGUGCUGAAAAGGCUGGCAAGAGGGAUAGAAGAGGCAUGGAAGCUGAUUGAGAUCUGCACCCCGGGAAAGAUCGAAGGCAUGUCAGCAGACAUGCUGGUAGUGGAUGAAAUAGACAGGAUCCUUGAAGAGCCAAGCCUGAAAUCGGUGUUUGACCGAAUAAACGAGUCGCUGUCCUGCCAGAAGGUGUUUUUCAGCGCAACACUUCCAGACCAUCCACUGAACAUGAAGGUGGUUGAAAUUGAGACAAGAAUCAACGAGACGGUUAAGCAUUUUUUCUUCUACAUUCCAAGCGAGAGCAAGGAAGCGGCGUUGCUUCGGAUUCUAGACAAGACAAGAAAGACAAUUGUAUUCGCGGCAACAAAGUACGCCGUCGAGCUUCUUCUGGAGAUCCUCAACAAAAACAACUUUGAGUCGCGAGGAAUCUAUUCCUCAAUGGACGAUGAAGCAAGAAGAGCUAACUUCAGAGACUUCAAUACCUCGAAAUUCAGCAUUCUUGUUGUAACCGACGUUGCAGCGCGGGGGCUUGACAUUCCGUAUCUCGACACCGUUGUGAAUUACGACCUAUGUGACGAGAGAACAUUUCUCCACCGGGUUGGGCGUGUCCGAGGAAUGGGGGUCCAGUACAGCUUCGUUACGUAUACAGACGUCUUCCACUUUUUCAACAUCCAAGAAACAUAUCUUCCUGAUGUGGAGAUUGGAACGAUUCCACAGGAGUAUUUGGAUACCUAUGAUUUUAGGGAAUUUGAGCACCUGAAGUCGAUUGCAAGCAAGGGGCACCAGAAAUGCCUUGAGUUCAGAAGAAAGGUCAGUGUUCCAGCAGAAUACAAGGACAAGAUAAAGAUGUUUAAGACACACUCUAUGUUCGAGCGCAGGGAGACACUUCUGGACCGACUGAACGAGAUGAACAGCAAGAAGGCCCUACCAGAAAGAGAAAAGGAAAAGCCUGAGAACAAAGAGUAUAGAGACCAAACGUUCAUCCCAUAUGCUCGGAAGGACUCCAGGAUUCACUUGUCUGCAUUUGGGGUGGCAAAGGACGACUAUGUUAGAGAAAGAAGGGAGAAGUUUUCCUUUUCCAUAAUGAAAAGAAAGGCGAUGGAGAGAAAGUUAGCGAAGGAAAAGAAGAAAUAA